GCAGCGGUGGGAUUCGAACCCACGCCCCCGAAGAGACUGGAGCCUUAAUCCAGCGCCUUAGACCGCUCGGCCACGCUACCGAUAAAGUAAGCCCCUGCAUUCUCUCUACUUCUCCUUUCCACCGACCACGGCGCACGAUUGGGUGUUGUGCCCCUUUUUCUUGUUUGUUCAGCUUUCGCCUUUUUUUGGUUUGUUUGUUUGUUUUUUGUUUUUGUUUUUUUUAGCCAAAGAGUCUGACACUAUGGAAAGAUCGGCGACCCAGAGCGGGGAACGCAGCCCCGCGGAAACACGCCGCGCCCUCGGAGCGUCCGCGCAGACUCCCCUUCCCGCAGCAUCUCCAUCCGGAUUCUGAAAACCCACAGAGGUCCCGGUACCGCUUCUUCCUGGAAGGAUUCGGGGUUUCGGGGUUCCGUGCCUUUGGAUUUGGGCAAGGAGACUGCAGGGACUUUUUUCCUUCACCAGGGGGAGCCCCGUGCCUAUAGUUAUCAAAGGAAAACUGAAACCAUCGGCGGACGAGGCCGAAUCUAGUUAAGGUCACAGUAAAAACGGCAUGGUUUAGGAUGGCUGCUUGGUCUAAGGUUAUGACCCUCGUUUAGUGUGCCAGAAGUUCCAGGUCCUCCUCUCGGGGUCAGUCCUCUCCGCGGUAAACCCAAACGUUUCUUGAAGCGAGACAAAAUCAUACUAAAUAGGAAUAAUCUGAUUUAGUGUAACCACGACGUAACAACUAUGUCAGACGCAUGUAUUUCAUCUUUAGGUAAACUCUCUUCCUGUGAAUUAAUAGCGAGAGUAACUACCAGACACUACCACCCACCGUUUAUACACACUCUCGAGUAUCGUUACACUGCAAUCAACCCCCAUCUCUCUUUUGCAGUUUUCAGAAAAUGUUUUCAGGACUUUCUUAGAGAAGCGAGUUUUAUGUCAAGGAUUUCACCAUGCCCUCUGAUUGCCUCAACUGUGGUCGGAGCGAGUCAUCUUUGAAUACUGGAACAUCAGGAGGCAGCAAAUGGGAGGCGUCAUGCUACAGGAAGCCUGGGCUUCCUCCCUCCCUCAGGCCCUUUUGUAUGGGGAUGAAAGAGUCCUAGGCAGUGUCGCUCCUUGGAAAGAGCUCUCACCAGAGCUUUCCUUACGAGGAUUUUUAACCUCUCAAUGCUGGAAUUUCUGAAGCAGGGGUUCUGGGCACAGUGCUUUUUUCAGAGCUCUCUGGUGUGCUUAGGGGUGCCCGCGGAACUAAAGAUGCUACCAAGUUCCUUGAAGCCACGCUCCUCACUGUACUUUGCCUUCUCUAGUUGAGUUCUAGGCCCAACCCUCAAUCCAGUUUAGUUUCUCAUUGAGACUGUAGUCUCUUCCCAAACCACAGAAAUGCUGGGCCACGUCUCUUCCAGGUGCUAAACCAAUCUGGAUUCUAAGCCUUUGUGGGCAAAGAAGGUACUGUUCUGAACCUCCCAUGAAAGGCCCUGAAGGGGUCUAAGUGGUCUGCUACGUUUUGCUCAUUCCCCAUGUGCAGGAAGUAGGAGUGGAAUUUACCAGAAAGGAUGGUCAUACAAUUAGAUAAGUGUGUGCCUGUGUGUGUGUGUGUGUGUGAGUGUAUUUUGAGUGUAUAUUUGUGAGUGUAUGCAUGUGUGUGAGUCUGUGUGUGUAUGCAUGUGUGAGUGUAUUGUGAGUGUGUGCAUGUAUGUGACUGUGUGUGUGUGUGUGUGUGUGUACUCCUUAUUAAGGUAGACCGCAUUACACAGGCAGGGAGGGAGAACAGCACAGAGCUAACAGCUAUAACCAAAAUCUCUAAAGGGUUGCCAGCAAGUCAAGUGAGGGAUUCAGAGGCACAGUAAUCAACUUAAGGCCUUGCAGAGUGGGAAAUCAACAUGUUUCCCUCCUUGGUUUUGUUUUUUGUUUUGUUUUGUUUUAACUUUCUCAUGUUAUGAGCGUACAAUGCUGGAGGAUUUCAUCAAAGCAAUCCUCCAAAAAGAUGAUAGUAAAGCCCUCAGGGAGGCUCAUCAUCGGGGAAGUUGCUGAUGCUAAGCCUGAUGACCUCGUCCUGGGGAUCCACGCAGUGGAAGAAGAGAGCUCUUACACGUUGUCCCCUGACCUCCCCCCAAUCACCAUGGCACAGGCACCACCCUCUCAAGUGCUAAAUUAAUACGUAAGAUUUGAAAUUAUAAAAUGGGCUGGAGAGAUGCUUCAUUCGCUAAGAGAGCUUGCUGCUCUUCCGGAGGACCCGAGUUUGGUUCUUAGCUCCCAAUAUAGGUGGCUCACAACUGCUUGUAACUCCAUCUCCAGGAGAUAUGACAUCUCUUGGGCACCUGCACUUAGGUGCACGUGCACAUACACACACACACACACACACACACACACACACACACACACACACACCGAAUAAACCUUAAAUCCUGGCAUGGUGGCACAUGCCUUUAAUCGCAGCCUUUAAGAUGCAGAGGUAGAUAGAUCUUUGUGAGUUUGAGGCCAGCCUGGUCAAUAUAUCUGAUGUCUUCAGACCUAACAAUAUCAAGCUCCAUGUCUGUCAGGGUUAUAUAGUGAGACUCUCUCUGGAAAAAAAAAACAAAACAAAAAAAAUCAAAAAACAAAUAUCAGAAAUUCUUACAAAUUAAAAAUAAUGCAAGUACAGUUCCUUUAGACCAACCAUUCACAUGUUCCUCAUGCAGUUAAUGUUUACUGAGCUCAGGGGUCAUAGCAUCAGUUCGUGGGACAGGAACCAGUUUUAAUGAUUCCCAAGUGGCCCUAGUGGGUGCUGAUGAGCCGGGAGAGAUUUUUAUUUGUUUGUUUUGUUUAAAACAUAUCUGGAUUUUCUAGAGCCAUGAUGAUUAUUCUAGUUCAUCUUUCCCAAGGAUUUAUCUUAUUUUCUGCUCCAGAGAAGAAAGCAGACCCCCGGGAGUGCACAGAGGGAAGAAUGCCCUGGGAGUACAGGGAGGAAGGUGGCUUUAAUGGUCCUUCCAUUCAGAAGGCUUGGGCGAGUGCCCAGGCUGCUGGUACAGAAGAGAAGCCAGGUAUGAUGUGAUCAGAGCACCUCUUGAACUUGAACAUAGAAGGGACUGUCCUACCCUUCGAAGGGUAGGCUUUGGGCAAUUUCUCCUCAUCUGGUCAUUCUUGGGUUAUUAGCCUGUGGCGGUCAUUAUAGGAACCCAAGGAACAUCUUGGGACAAGAAAUGCCUGCCCCUCCCACGGAAGGAAUUUGUGUGCACAGCCUGGGGCUCUAACUGUUAAACCCAGGUUGACUGUCUCCACCUCAGAACACCAUCGGUCUGAGGGCUGGAGCAGACUGCUCUUGGGUGUUUGCGCGGGGGCCACUCUGUUCACCUUACGAGGCCCUGGGAGGGGAGUUGGAAUAUCUCCCAGGAGCUUGUAGGGGGAUCAUCUCUGAGGAGGCGUCCCUUUGACCACAUUGCCAGUUCCCUAAGCUGUUCCACAGGAAUACUCCUCUACUCCCAAGUCAGACCCCGCUUUUGGAUCCGGACCUAGCAGCUACCGCCAUGCUUUCUCAUUGCUUGUUUCCAGGAAAGGCUGGGAGGCACAGAACACCUCACCUCUCCUUCCUGGAUAGCCAGUCAUAUGAGAUCAGCCUGUGCCUGCCUUUAAAUGAAGCCCAGUAACCUUGGUUUGUAAAAGCAGAUUGGAGUCUUACUGUCAUGCUUCUUUUUUCCUAGCACUCCUGUCGGAGAUACAGAAAUGGAAACCCUGGAAAGUGGCGUACAUGGCUUCUCAUGCUAACAUAGGUAGCUGAUGUCACUAAAGGGACAAGACAUGACUUCUUUUACCCAUUUGCCUGUUGUGCCCAGGUCGAAAGACCCCCAAGCAAGACCACCACAGAGCCAAUAUCCGAUGCAAGCACACAGAGGUUUUUAUUAACAAAACAAGCAAGCUUGGUCCACCAUCCAGCAUCCAACACAUUGGGUGGAGGAGAACGCCCCGACCACUCACUUGAAGGGGUUUAUAUAGGAAAAGUUUACAUGCAGCUUGGGAUUGGAUGAGGGGGCUAGGGUGAGGUAAGCAUAAGGUUACUAAUUGCUAACAGGAUUCAGGGUAUCUCUAGAGACAUAAAUUUUUAUUCCCCAUGUCCUGCUUUUGUUGACACAUUCAGAUUUAUUGUUGUAGUCCUACUCUGUUCUAAUGUCAACUUCUGGUCAGUUGAGUCCAUUACUCCCCAUAUCUUGUUUUGCCAAGUCCAGGAUACAUAGAUUGAUUUUCCCAGCCUUAAGUUCAACUUCUGAUCACUUCUAAAACUGCUGGUCAGCAAAUGCCUUUGGAGGAGGGGAAGAGGAAGCAUCUCUCAAGAUGGCUACUUUCCCUUUCAGGUUCCCCUAUAAACAGGUGAUCUUAGUGGACACUGUGCUAAAGAUGUGCUCUCUUCUCCAUAUGUGCAGUUUGUGGAGAGGAGGCUAGGCAAAGCCUCUGCAACACCAUGUGGCCAGUCAUCCACAGGAAACUCACUUCCCCCAGCAGUGACUGUUGAAGAAGACCCUCCAGGCCGGGCGGUGGUGGCGCACGCCUUUAAUCCCAGCACUCGGGAGGCAGAGCCAGGCGGAUCUCUGAGUUAAAGCCAGAGAUGUGAAGGGAAUCUUGCCCCUGAUGGUACUAAUGGUGAUCGUUUUCCUGCUGCUCCUGUUCUGGGAAAACGAGACGACUGAGGAUGUUAUGCUGACCUCCAUAGAGCAUUUGCACGUGGACUAUCCUCAGAACUCUGCCCUUCUGAGGUACUGCAACUACAUGAUACUACAGAGAGUCAUCAGGGAACCUGACCACGCAUGCAAAAAGCUGCAUGUCUUCAUCCACGAGCGGCCUCAGAAAAUCAACAGCGUUUGCACUUCCUCCAAGAAGAUGACGUGCCCAAACUAUUCUGACAGUUCCUGCUUCCAGAGUGAGACAAGGUUCAGAAUGACAGUCUGUCAGCUCAUCGAUGGCACCAGAUAUCCUGCCUGCAGGUACCAAAUUGCCCCUAUAGAGGGCUUCGUUCUUGUCACUUGUGAUGACUUGGGGCCAGUUAAUUUUCAGGGAUAUAUUGAAUAGCUCGCCAGCAGCACAGAGUGUGUGAACUUCUCUCUGGUUAACCCGAACUGUGUGGCUGUGGUGUACUGCUGU